CUGCGGUGCGGCUUUGUGGCUGGUACCGGGCCGGCGUGUGGGUCCUGCAGGGAUGCAACCGCUGUCUGCUCCCUCAGGACCUGGUGGACUGGCAGAAGCCCUUGCUGUGGCAGGUGGGCUACCUGGGGGAGAAGUACGACGAGUGGGUGCACCAGCCCGUGGAUCGGCCCAUCCGCCUCUUCCACUCGGAUAUCCUUGAGUCCCUCUCCAAGACGGCAUGCCGCAAGAAGCCGACUGUUUCCUUAAAGAGUGUAAAUGAACAGGAAUCAAAGGAAAAAGUGGUUUGGAGCGGUGCUCGGGAAGAGUACUCCAUCCCUGUCCACAAAUACUACUUCCCCUUCAUCUUCCUCCUGGGGAUGUUCCUGUGGUCCCUGCUAGAGUACCUCAUCCAUCGCUUUGUCUUCCACAUGAAGCCACCCGCUAGUAACUACUAUCUCAUCACCCUGCAUUUCUUGCUGCAUGGGCAGCAUCACAAGUCUCCCUUUGACAGCUCCCGCCUGGUCUUCCCUCCCGUGCCGGCCUCACUGGUGAUCGGCUUCUUCUACGGCGUCCUGCGGCUCCUGCUGCCCGAGGUGCUGGGGCUCUCUGUGUUCGUCGGGGGACUCUGUGGCUACGUCAUCUACGACAUGAUGCACUAUUACCUCCACUACGGCUCGCCAAAGAAAGGCACCUAUCUGUACGGGCUG